AUGGCGGGGAGAUCUUCAAGAAGCGGUGGAAAUAGCAACGAGCGCAUCCAGUUGCUGGUGGAACAAAAGCUCGGCGAAGGCCUGCAGUACGAGGCCUUGCAGCUAUACCGCGGAGUAGUCUCCCGCAAGUCUGCACGAGGUAACGACAACGCGGCGCUCACCAUCGCCGAGCAAGGGAUAGGGGUUCUACUGGCUCGUGGCUACGCAGACUCGGCCACAGAGCUGGGCAAUGUGCUGGUGGGUAUCCUCAACGAUCAUGAGUUGCCGGUGACGGAAGAGCGCUUGGAAUUGUUCAGGAGGGUCAAUGCCAAAUAUGAGGAUGCGAAGCGAGCAGCGGUUCUAGCUGAGGAGGACAGACGAACAGCGGCACAGGAAGGGCAGGGGGGGGUGGGGGAGGUGGAAGAAGGCAAGGAAGCUGGACGAGGGAUGUACUCUGUUGGGGUAUUGCAGGGGCGGUUCCUCAAGCUCGCGGUAGCCUGGACGGCCGCACGCGGGCAGCGCUUGAGCGGCGACCCCGGGCUGUGCGGUCUCCUGGGGCGUUGCCUUUGGAACGAAGGGGAUUUGGAGCGCGGCACAAGAUAUCUGGUGCUGGGGGAGCGUCCGCAAGAGCUCUGCGACUUGAUUCUGCAGGAUGUGUCUGAUGCGAACGCUAGAGAGUUGGCGGUCGCGAAAGGUGUUCUGCAGUUCGCGAGCAAGGCGAGCCUGAGGGAUGCGAACGCGCUAUUGGCGGCAUACAAGACCCAGACGGGCGGCAAGCAGCCGACCAAGGGAGUGCUGGGGUUUUGCGCGAUGCUGCUCAAGACGUGCGAGUACGACGCGACGCCGGUGUUCCAAAAGCUCCUCGACGCCUACCAAGCCGACCUCUCGAAGGACGAGGCCUUGUUCGGGUCCGUGGAGAGCAUAGCGAUGACGUACUUCAACCUUAGGCUGAGACCGCCGUCCAUGCUGGACAACAUCAUGGGCAUGCUGGGAGGGAUGCCCAAGUGAACAGAACGUACCUUUGGUUUCGUAGGUGGUCCUCGCUACAUGCAGUUCAUGCUGCAGUUUUUGAAAUGCGCAAGGGAGGUUGCUUGAAACCACACCUCAGGCCCCGAGGGGGGGCGGGGGGGGGGGCGUGUUUUUUUUUAGUUAAUGGUGCGUAAACGUGUGUGUUGUGAGUGGUCUCUAGUGAGACGUGGAAGAUAUGUUCGAGUACCUUGGCAGUUGUUACGCGGUGGCGUGGGAGGAGGAGGCGUGUAUGUUGUGCGGUGUCCGCACGAACAUGUGUUGGGGGCGUACAUGCGUCACGUGAGCCUGAGGUAGCCAUGAUUCAAGUCGAGUUUGGGGCGGCAGCAACGCCAUGCUGCCCUGAUUGACUGCGGUGUAAGGAUAAAAAGUGUGAGGAGCGUCUGCUGUGGGGGUCGUCGUGCCAUGAAUGAGCUGCGUUCCUAUCGACACAAUAGUUCGGCCUCGACGGCCUCACCAAACGGCACCUGAACAACGCGUUUGUGUCUCUAUUGACUUGUGCAUUUAAUGGCUUGGACUUUGCUUGUUUUGGAGUCUCCUCUUGGAUCCCUUACUUAGCUGCGAAGCACUCCAGUACUCAUCAGACGCCAACCGCCGCGUUU